GAGCACACGCCAAAGCCUAGAGCCAAGCGAAGUGUCUUUGCUUGGGGUGGUGCAAGAGGGGAAAACCGCAAAAUGGGAGCAUCAAGGUGGUGGUGGAUGUCGCUGCCAGUGCUUGCGGUGGUGAGCUCGUGCGCGGUGUGGCACGUCGAGGCGGCGGUGACGAUCGAGCCACCGCUGAACCUGCAGUGGCAUUACUACCGGAACUCGUGCCGCGACGCCGAGACGUACGUGAGGCACCAGGUCGAGUUCUAUUGGAAGCAAGACAGGAGCCUCGCUCCCAAGCUCAUCCGAAUGCUCUACUCCGACUGCUUCGUCACGGGGUGUGAUGCGUCAAUCCUGUUGGACGGGCCAAAUUCAGAGAAAGCAGCAGCACAAAACUCGGGGAUUGAAGGGCUUGGUACGCUAGUGAUAGACAAGAUCAAGCAAGUCCUGGAGCAACGUUGUCCAGGAGUUGUCUCUUGCGCUGACAUUCUCAACCUUGCCGCUAGGGAUGCUGCUCACUUGGCGGGAGCGCCGUCGUACCCCGUUCUGACGGGGAGGAAGGACGGGAUGUCAUCGUCCAAGGCAUCGGUGGACCUCCCGCCGCCAUCCAUCUCGUGGCAAGCGGCACUCGAGUACUUCGAAUCAAGGGGCUUGGAUGUGCUAGACCUCACCACUCUACUUGGGGCUCAUUCAAUGGGCAAGACUCACUGCAGCUACAUUACAGACAGGCUGUACAACUUCAACAACACAGGCAAGUCAGACCCGAAUAUGGACUCAUCCUUCUUGACCCAAAUGAGGAAUCAAUGCCCACCACAGUCAAAGAGCCAAGGUCACCCUCUGGUGUUCCUUGACCCUGCCUCAGGCUCGAGCUACACAUUCAGUAACUCCUUCUACACCAGACUCCUGAACCGCCAGGCCGUCUUCGGCAUCGACCAGCAGCUCGCCCUCGGCGGCGACACUAGACAGAUCGCUCAGGAGUUUGAAGCCGGGUUCGAGGACUUCCGGAAGAUGUAUGCCCUGUCAAUAAGCCGGAUGGGGAAUAUCAAGGUCUUGACGGGGAAUCAGGGGGAGAUUCGUAACAGUUGCAGAGUCGUGAACAGGAAAUAAUCACAACCAAGAUCGAAUGGUCUC